AUGUCGACCAAAACGGACCCAAGUGGGGCGAGUGUGUAUCGCUGCUCGCUUGAACUUGAACGUGAGUUCGAAUCGGCGAUGUUUGUACCAUAGGCAGUACAAUCCCGGGGCCUUUCCUGCCGGGCUGAGAUACUCCGCCUGUUGCCCUUCUCAUGACUCCGUGUCCGACUGUUGAGCCCUAACGUUGCUUUGGCUUGAUUAACCGCUUGAGCACCACAGCCAGUUAUCGCGUAGAAAUUCAAAAGAUCGGUUCCACGAUCUCCACCUCGAUCCUUUUGCAUGACCAGAUCCCAAAGCUACAAGCUCAGGCAAGUACGAAGUGCCAACCGCGUGGGCAUGGGGCUAUUUUGUUCAAGCUAACGACUCGGAAUUUCACCCUGGUCAGAUCGAGGCUUCGUCGGGCAUAAUGUCGGUCGUCAUGCUUCCCGCACCCGGCAACUCAGUCCAACAAUCUCACGAAUUCAACCUCGUCAAGGCACUGGUCCUGGUUCUUUGGCCUCACUUUGCCUGUCGCUGCCCCAUCCCCGAAGAACUCGAAGUAAUUCCGACGCCUCCGAAUCCGACCCUCCUGGCGGAAUUCGAUCAAAUAGGUAAGGCGGCGGGCAACCUGCGAGCGGAGUCACUGUAGAUAGGUUCUGAUGCUGAAGCAGAGUCUCGUACUUUUCAAGGCGGCGUCCGGAAAAGCUCGGGGAACGGGACCUUCAUUUCGCGUGGAGCGGUCUUCCAACUGUUCAAAUAUGCCUGCACAUCCAAUCAAGGGGCCCCAUUGUUCCCCUAUGUCGUCGCCGAGACAGCAGGGACCGUUCACCCUCUUCGGCCUACAAAGCCCGUGCCUUCCUCAACGAUAUACUCCCGACAUAUUCCACAUCUGGAACAGUUUUUCUCGCUCCAUGUGGCCGGACCUUCCGAUUUGGACACCCUGCAUGGUAUGUCAACUUUGUGCUAUCAUCGGAUACACGCCCCGCCCCGCCAUGAUGCUGACCAGAUUGAGUCAAUUUUGAAGCGUGGCUCAACGACGAGCGAGUGGAUGUAUUCUGGCAAGAAAAGGGGAGCUUUGAGCAGCACAGAAAAUUUCUUGCCGAUCGAACCUCGGACGCACACGUACUGCCAGUGAUCGGAAGCUAUCUCCCUGACACCACCCCAGAAGGACACGUCAAUACAUCAAAGGAGCCGGCAACAUACUCAGAGAUAUACUGGGUCAAGGAGGAUCGGCUGGGCUCACUGAUGGAAGGAGUACAGGGCUACGAUCGUGGUCAGCAUGCUUUCGAUCUUUCGGAGCACACCCUGCACUGUCCUGACCGCCCACCUUCUUGCUCGCCAGGCUUGCACAUGCUCGUGGGCUCGAAUGCCCAUCGAGGCCCGCGUCGAAUUCGCGCAUGGAUGCCGUCCUUGGUUCACUAUUGUUUCCUUGACGAGCCACGGACUCAGCGAGUCGUCUGCGAGCCGAACGAGAAGAACGUCAAAAUACUCCAGGUAGGUUUGGUUCGGCAUAUUGCACACACCAUCGUGAUCCCGCUUCUGAUGUACACCUGGUCACCUUUAAACCCGGUACCGGCGUUCUUGAAAUCGCAGUACCUAGAAUCAGUCGGCUUUGAGCGACACGGUAGUGUCGCGUUCCCUCACAAGACCGCAGCUUUGAUGAUCGUUGAUCGGGUCCGAUUUUAUGAGCUUUUCCCAUUCUAA